CCAUAAAAACUCACCCACCACAUGCAGAGGAAAUGUACUACUACUAUAGGAGAAUUGUCAAAAGGUUGCAAACCACCCAAAAGCCAAAUGAAAUCCAUUUUCAAGUUCGACUCUGAACUUUCGAUGUUGCAAAUGCAAAGCCACGACACAAACAUCCGAGGAAGAACAGUAGCUCCCUCCACUAUCGGAUAAGGGAUCGAGCCUCGUGCAGGUGCAGGUCAGGUCAGGUCAGGUCCAUCAUUCCUGAUCCGGUCGCCGUGGAUGGGCCAGUCAGCUUCGACGGCCGCUGUUCCAACCCGUCGCGACACCACCAAUCAUAGCCAUCGGUCUUCCAAGCACAGAUCGACGGGUGUGAUAUCUCCGAUGAAUGGUAAAUCGAUUGAUUCAUUUGAGGACAUCAUUAUCGACGCUCCUGAUCUCCCCGACUACAUCUCCAACCUUCCCGACGAGUGCUUAGCUUGCAUAUUCCAGUCGCUUGGCUCCGGUGAUCGGAAACGAUGCUCUCUUGUCUGUCGCCGGUGGUUUCAGAUCGAGGGACAAAGCCGUCACCGUCUCUCUCUCAACGCCCAAGCCGAUCUUCUGUCGGUGGUUCCGUCGCUGUUUUCGAGGUUCGAUGCGGUGACUAAACUCGCUCUGAAAUGCGAUCGCAGAUCUGCGAGCAUCGGCGACGAAGCUCUCAAGCUCAUCUCUUUCCGAUGCCGAAACCUAACCCGUCUGAAGCUCCGUGCUUGCCGAGAGUUGACCGACGCCGGCAUGUUGGUCUUGGCAAAAAAUUGCAAGGGUUUGAAGAAGCUCUCGUGUGGAUCGUGCACGUUCGGAGCCAAAGGCAUGAACGCCGUGCUGGAUAACUGCUCGUCGCUCGAAGAAUUGUCGGUGAAGCGGCUCCGCGGCAUCACUGACGGAGCAGCUGCGGAGCCGAUCGGGCCCGGUGUGGCUGCAUCGUCUCUCAAAACGAUAUGCUUGAAGGAGCUUUACAAUGGACAAUGUUUCGGUCCUCUCAUCAUCGGUUCGAAGAAUCUAAGAACCCUAAAGCUUUUCAGGUGCUCCGGCGAUUGGGAUAAGCUUCUGGAAGUGAUAGCGAAUCGAGUCAGCGCUGUGGUGGAAGUUCAUCUCGAGAGGCUUCAGGUAAGCGAUGCUGGUCUCGCGGCAUUAUCUAAUUGUUCGAAUCUUGAAAUCUUACACCUUGUGAAGACACCUGAAUGCACAAAUGUGGGGCUUAAGUCAGUUGCUGAACAGUGUAAGCUUUUGAGAAAGCUUCACAUAGACGGAUGGAAGACGAAUCGUAUAAGCGACGAUGGACUAAUUGCUGUUGCAAAACAUUGCCCAAACCUUCAGGAACUGGUGCUUAUAGGUGUUAAUCCAACACGUAGGAGUUUAGAGAUUCUGGCAGCGAAUUGCCUGAAUUUAGAGCGGUUGGCAUUGUGUGGAAGUGAGUCGGUUGGCGAUGACGAAAUUUCGUGCAUUGCUGCAAAGUGCAUGGCAUUGAAGAAGCUUUGUAUCAAGAGCUGCCCUGUUUCAGAUCAUGGCAUGGAAGCACUUGCUUGUGGUUGCCCUAAUUUGGUGAAGGUGAAGGUUAAGAAAUGUAGGGCAGUGACUUGUGAGGGUGCUGAUUGGUUGAGGGCAAACAGGGGAUCACUGGCUGUUAAUUUGGACACCGGUGAACCCGAGCAUCAGGACGCCAGUGCUAGUGACGGUGGUGUGCAGGAAAACAAUGUAGACCUCCCAGCAGCUGCCACCCAAGACGGGGCUGCUAACAUUGCUUCGAGCAGUUCUGGUCGAUCAUCGUCAUUCAAGGCGAGGUUAGGCAUUAUUGCAGGCAGAAAUUUAGUUGCUUGCACUUUCAGAAGGUGGUCAAGCUUUGGCAGCGGUUCACGCAACAGUUAGAGAAGGAUUUGACCAGAAUUUGGGAAGGAAAAGCAGUAUUGGUCUGGUUUACAUUAUUUUGUGAUGUAUUUUAUCUGUUUUUUUAAUUGUGUAUUUAAUUCCGUGUGCUGUUUAUUGCCUUUUAACUUGAAUUUCACCGUUCAGAGUGGUUUUGCAUUUUUUUCCCUGCUA